GCACUUCACAUGGUUACGUGCACACAGAUAAUUUGUGAAGCUUAACACCUUAGAGAUACGUAGCAUUAAACUGAAGAACAAUAGUCACACAGGGGCGAAUCUCACAGAGCAGGGAAAAACUACAGAAGAAUUUGCGCGCAGUCGCAAUGAAGGAAAAAUAUGAUUUGCUCGUUCGAAGUCAAAAUGAAACCGAUACAUGUUGAGUGUCAUAUGAUUUAGUGAAGAAAUUAUACAUCUUACGAAGUUUACAGUUAGGUUUUAAAAGGGAACGUUCUGUCCGAAAACUUUUUAGCCACACACUUUCCUGGUCAAGACGCCGUCAUCUCCUGCCUUAACACUCAUCCCGGAUUAUGCAUCAAAAUAACUUUAUACACCGAUUCCAUUAAUGUUAUCGUCAACGCAAUGAGGCAAGCGGGUGUGAAGCGACUCGUCACGAUGACGUCAUGGUGUACGGGAACUGAUGUUAAAGAUCCGGGUCCAUUCCUUAUGGAAUAUAUUUUAAAACCGUUCUUUCUGAAGAUACUCUUGGAAAAUAUGACGUGCAUGGAAGAAUACUUGAUGAAGGAAUGCCAUGACAUCACCUACACGAUUGUUAGGCCACCGAGAGUCGUCAAAGAUCGCACGUCAGGAAAGGAGUUGAUUGCCCAGGAACGGUUCCACGUUAAAGAAUCGUGUAGCUCUAUUCCUAACGUCGAUGUGGCCAAAUUUAUGUUGAGUUGUGUCGCUAAGCCCGACUGGGAGUCGAAAGCUGUUGCCAUAGGAGUACCAUGGAGUAUCAUUUGAGUCAAUAUUCUGAUUGCUGUUCGUAUUCGACUGAACAGGUGUAAAUUUUGGGCUUCCACGAGUAAAAUGGUCUCUUCUGAAUGACGUACAGAACAAGAGCAAAGUUGUUGAGGACAAGUCACUCGAGUCCAAGAUAAAAAUUACUUAACAUAAUAAUUUUUAUCUUACAGAUAACAUACAGUGACUUCAUCUGUAUAUACUUUUUUUAUUUAAUCGCAUGUUGUAAUAUUCAUGUUAUAAAAUAUUAUACUAAAAGUAAAAAGAGUUAAAUAGGCCUAUGUAGAACUGUUUGAUCGAAAAUAAACCAAGUAUAAGUAGUUGUAUUUUGCUGUAUUAUCUAUCGAACAGUUCUACACUUUAAUUAUAAGCAAACCAGAUGAGACUAUUCGAAUAGUUAAAAAUAUAUUUCUACUUGUGCAUGGAUGUAUAUAGACAUAUUGUAUAUAUUUAUCAUAUGAGAUACAGAUCAUAAUGAUCUGUUAUUAAUUCAUGAAUUUACAAAAAAGAGUGCGAUAUCAGUUACAAUUGGAUUCUAAACUGCUGUAAUUAACAACUGAGCCCUAGUGGCCCAGUUGGUCUCUGGCGAAAUUAGAACCUGUGACCUCUCGCUAUCAAAGCGAGCGUCACACUGCCAAGACCAUGAAGACAUUAUUGUAUUAACUAGACACACAUCAACGCAAAACUGACAAAAUGUGGCUGUGGUAAAGGCCACAGAGAAGACUCGAGGAAAGUCUCAACUCAAAUUAUAGAUUUGAGGACUGCACCACUGAGUAUCGUGUUUAUUUACUGUAGUUUAACGCUGCAACUACCAGGUAUAUC